AUGUCACCGGUCGAUUCGGUAACGUCAAGUGACUUCAAUCAAUAUGCACACCCUCGGCAAUCCAAAACCCCUAUAGCGGACCAGUUUUCUGUCCUACCUCCGACCCAAACAGUUAGUUCGCCGACUACCGGUAGCAUGACCAAGCCAACAUGCUCUUUGAACCUCAUGUGCUACAGAUCUGGCAGCCAGGGCUGCGUAAGACGCCAAAUCCACGUACUAAGUCAAGCCCGGUUGGCCAUAUCUCGAGACGAUUACUCCAGCAUAGUUUCCAUAAAGAAUUCAGGUGGUUUAGUUCGAACCGACGAAGAGUUCUUCGCUGCCCUCCAUCGCGAAUACGAGCACCAUAUUUGCGGCUUCUGGCGACGAUACCUAUCGCUCAAGACGCUAAGACAGAUUCGACUCUUAUCGUAUACGCCUUCGACCCGCCCGGAAGUCGUGCCGAUGGAUGACUUCACUCUGCAAGAAAUGUUCUAUGCGUACCAACACUUCAAAAACAUAAAAACGGAAUCAGAAUGGAUUGACUGGGUGUUCCGGCUUCGCCAGGAGGACCGCCGUCAUGCUUUAGAGUUUGUGGAGGGCUGGAGCGGCUUUCGCAUUGGCCUUGUUGGAUCAGUGCCAUGGGUCGCGGCGACUGCAGUGGGUGUUGCGUGGACGGCAAGAGGUGGCGAUGCACAGACGGCUUUUACGGUUGCUGGUUUCAUUCUGACGGUUGGAACUUCUUUACUUGCUCUGCUUGCUAUCGUUAGCAAGAUUGAGUCUUGA